AUGGACCCGACGACGCUAAUCAUCUGCAUAAUGCUCUCCCUGUCCCUCUUCUGCAUACUGCUCGUGCUGUUCAUCAAGUGCGUGCUCUCCUGCCUGGAGUCCAGCACGUUCUUCAGGUCGCACAACUGGAAACCCUACGAGAACGAGACCUACGAAGUCGACGCCCUCAGCCUGCAGUCCGUCAACCUGCAGCACGUGGCCUCCUCCUCGCCGCUGGUCCACGCCGAGACAGCGCUGGUGCCGACCCAUCCGCCCCGCAACCGCUCCAGCGAUGUCCUGCAGACGCUCGUCACCGGCCUCGCCGAGGACGCCGUCACCAUGGCGGAGAUCGCGAGCACCGUCAGCAGGGAGAGCCCCAGCGGCUGCGAUUCGCUCAGCUUCGGCAGCGUCAUCGUCGAGUGCUUGGAUUUAGAAUGGAGCUAUUCGAGACCGUGGCCGAUGGCCUGGGGCCCAUCGCCCUACGCCCAGCCGGGCCCCGCGCCCUACGCCCAGCCGGGCCCCGGCGCCUACCAAGAUCGCAAUAAUUACAUGGCGCCCCCCGCGUACGAUCCGGCUCGAAUGGGACCAGCGCCGAUGGUGCAACCGGAGCAAAUGCAACCAGGCGUCCCGCCGACGAUCGGGUUCACCACGCAGGUGGUGAACGAGACCUACAAGGACCCCCGUCCGCCCAAUUAUCCUCCGCAGGGGAACGACCAAUGGAAAGGGAACGCUUACAAUAAUUACUAA